AUGGCUAGCCACGCACCGGCCCAGGAGGGCCACCUCCAGAAACGCUUCUCGAAGCUCACCAUGAUUGGCAUGGCAUUUGCGAUUCUCAACACUUGGAUUUCUCUCGCUGGAUCGCUAGGUCUGGUGAUGCCCUCUGGCGGCUCCGUCAGUUUUGUCUACGGGUUUAUCUUUUGCAUCGUCUGCAAUAUUUGCUUGAGUGCGAGUAUCGGGGAGCUAGCUUCUCUGCUACCAACAGCUGGGGGGCAGUACCACUAUGCCUAUGCUCUUUCUGGGAAGAAAUGGAAGAAUCUUAUGAGCUUUCUUGUUGGAUGGACGAAUAUCGCUGGUUGGUUGACGCUUAACACAACUGCCGCCUACUUUGGAGCCCGAUUCCUUGCCGCCGCUGCGGUUGUUGGAUCUGGAUAUACCUAUGAAAUCACACAAUGGAGCACCUACUUGAUGUUUGUCGCAGUAUCCAUCAUCGGUGUGUUCCUGAAUAUUUUUGCCUAUCCCAUCUUGAACCGAUGGAACGAGGGCGCACUAUACUGGUCUUUGAUCAGCGUUGUCGUGAUCAGCAUUGUACUUCUGGCAACCUCUCCAAAGACAGACGCCGAGUUUGUUUUCACCAAUUUCUCCAACACAACUGGGUGGAGUGAUGGCACAGCUUGGAUGCUGGGACUGCUGCAGUCAGCCCUGAGCUUUAUCGGCUGGGAUGCUGUGGCGCACAUGACGGAAGAGAUGCCUCGACCAUCCAAGGACGCACCUCAAGCCAUGGUCGCUGCCGUUCUUGUUGGUGGUGUAACCGGAAUCAUUUUCAUCAUAGUCAUGCUGUUCUGCUUCGUUGACCUUGAUCUGCUCCUCGCGUCACCUACGCAGAGCCCUCUCACUGAGAUGAUUUAUCAAGCAACUAACAGCAAAGCCGCUGCAACCGUGCUGACUGUUGCUGUUGCAUUAUGCUUCGUCAACGGAGCCAAUGGCUGUGUGACUUCUGGCAGCCGUCUUAUCUGGUCAAUGGCACGAGAUGGUGGAACCCCCUUCUCUAAGUAUCUUUCGCACCUCCACCCCAAGCUCAAUGUUCCUGUUCGGGCUAUUGUGGUACAAGCUGUCUUCAAUCUUCUGUUUGGCCUACUUUACCUUGGCCCCGAGGUUGCUUUCAACGCCUACAUUGCCAGCUGCACGCUAUUUUUGAACCUCUCAUACGCUGCGCCUGUUCUCAUUCUACUCAUUCGUGGCCGAAGCUUGGUUCUUGACUCACCUCCUGUGUUUUCUCUUGGCCGCAUUCCAGGAUAUAUCACAAACUACGUCGCAGUUAUCUUUGUCCUCGUUACUUCUGUCUUUUUCUGCUUCCCUCCGGCAAUUCCUAUCAAUUUGUCCACAAUGAACUAUGUCACUGCAGUUGUGGGUAUCUUCCUUGUCUUUGUAACAGCACUCUGGUUUUUGAAGAGGAAGACUUAUCAGGGGCCAAAGCUUGAGUUCAUUCUGGGGGAAGAACUACCCGUGACACAUUUGGAGUCACGGGUAAAUGAGAAAGGGACGGCCUCAAGUUCGACCUCAAAGCAUGCUGAAUCAUAG